AUAUUGUUGGCGCAUGCUAGCGCCUGCGCACUUUGUUUUUUUGAAUUGGCGUCUUUAAACAUGCAAAAAAUCGACGAUUUGGAGACUUUGCGCUCAUUUCUGGCCUCAAAAGACAACACAGUGAACAAUGUGUACUUUUCGGACGUGCCUCAAGUGUGUAAGGACUUUCCGUGUAUUUUGGGGAUUGACGAAGCCGGUCGGGGUCCAGUUUUAGGCCCCAUGGUUUAUGGAACAGCCUUCUGUCCAUUAAACGAGGCCACACUUCCCGAUUCGUUGGGUUGUGCCGACUCCAAGGCCUUAAAUGAGGAGUCACGUGACGUGAUUUUUUCAAAAAUUUGCGCCAAUCGUAAAAUGGGGUGGGGGGUGGAGGUGAUAGCCCCCAACAGUAUUUGUAAUAGUAUGUUAAGUCGGCAAAAGUAUUCGCUAAAUCAAGUAUCCAUGGACGCUGCCAUUAAUUUAAUCAAGAUGGCGCUAAAAGGGGGGGUUAAUUUAUCUCAUGUUUAUGUGGAUACUGUGGGCCCCCCUGAAAAAUAUCAAGCGUAUUUGAAGUCGCUGUUCCCCAAUGUGGGCGUGACGGUGGCGAAAAAAGCCGAUUCGACGUUUCCGAUUGUUUCCGCGGCGAGUAUUUGUGCGAAAGUGACACGUGACUACGCUUUGAAGGGGUGGGGGUUUGGGGAGGGGUUACAGGCGGGGCAUGAGGAGUUUGGGAGUGGCUAUCCAGGUGAUCCGAAUACGAAAAAAUUUCUACAGAAUUAUCGGGACCCUGUCUUCGGGUACCCCCAUUUGGUGAGGUUUAGUUGGUCGACGGCGUCUGAGGCACUUAAGGAGGCGUAUCAUGUUGAUUGGGAGGAGAAUGAGGAGGUGAUCCCCAUUGGAAAUACAUCGAUUACUGAGUUUUUUAAAAUGACUAAAAAUAGGGGGGCGAGGUCCCUCCAUGAUUUUUUCACUACCAGGUGUUUAAGUCGGAAAGUUGAGUUUUGAUUAAUAUAGACUGAUUUUUUUA